GUGUUUGUUUACAUUUUCGAACUAUUUGUAAACAGUCGAACAGCGCUCGAAGCACCCGAGACGAAGUUUUAGCGAUACUUUUUAACUGGUAAAAAAAUACGUGUUUAUGCCGUGAUUAGUGACACCAAACACACACACACACACACACAAUAUGGAGUACCUAACAGGUCUGUCGCAAAAGGAGAAUGUUCGCGCAGCCUGCAAAAAGUGUGGCUUUCCAGGACACCUGACGUAUCAGUGCCGGAACUACCUGACGGUCGAUCCGCAAAGCCAAGCCGUAGUACCGGUCCAAAAGCGUCCGGGUAGUGAAUCGCCCGAACAGAACUACCUCACACCGCUGCAAGAGCUCCGGAAGCAGGAAGAGGAAGAAGAAAAGCGCAAAGCAGAGAAAGCGGCCCGCAAAGAACGCAAAGAACGGGCACGCCGCGCAAAGGAGGCACGCAAGGAGAAAAAGAAGCGCAAGCAUCGGAAAAGAUCCCGCUCGAGCAGUUCGGACGAUAGCGAUAGUUCGGAUAGGAGCACUAGCAGCAGUAGUAGUAGUAGUAGCGAUAGUAAGCACAAAAAGAAAACCAAAAAGCGAUAUAGGAAAAGGGAAGUGAAGCAAAGCAAAAGGGAAGUGAAAAAGUCCAAAAAGGUUAGGCACAGGCGCAAGCGAAAGGAUUCCGACAGUAGCUCGGACAGCUAGAGAGCAUCCGGAAUCAGUCACUCUAUUGUGUUUAAGGACAAAAGCUGUAUACAUACAUACACUUGAAAAACAGAAUAGAUUGAUCAUCUGUGACAGCAUAAGCUUUUUUGCUUAAUGCACAUUUGAAUAUCGCUUUCUUUGCAAUCGAUCUUAAGUGGCGUUGUAGGAAAGUCAGAAAAAUAAGAAACAAUUUUAGGAAAGCUUUUCUAACUAAGCUUUUCCCUUUUAAUUUGUCCUUGUGGUUUGUAUUAAAUUAAAUGCUAAAUAUUUCCUUUUUUCCUUUUUAUUGAUAAAAUGAUUCAACACACAUUAUACGAUUAAUAGAUUCUACAAUAGUGCGAUAGAUAAGCGUUUUUUUUUCUUCUUAAAUAUAUUUGACGCUUCUACUGAUUUGA